AUGCCUGUCACCAAGUUUAACGUUCCAGAGAAGUACCGAUACCAGGUCGGCUUCGACUCCCAUCUCGAGUCUGAGGCCAUUCCAGAUUCUCUUCCCAUCGGCCAGAACGCACCACAAAAAGCACCACACGGCCUCUACGCCGAGAAACUCUCUGGCACUGCCUUCACAACACCUCGCCACGAGAACCGCCAGGCUUGGCUCUACCGCAUCCUGCCGUCCUGCGCACACCCUCCUUUUGGUCCGGCGAAACCGUCACCAGACAGCGACGUCAACGAGCGCACCAACACGUCGAAGCUCCACUACAUCCCCAACCAGCUGCGAUGGGAUCCCUUUGAGCAUGACACCACGAAGGAGCUCGAUUUCGUCUCGGGCCAGCGCCUCGUCGCCGGUGCUGGCGAACCAACAUUGAAGCAGGGCAUCGGCAUGUACAUCUACGCGGCGGGGAAGAGCAUGGCCGACGAGACGGCCUUCUACUCGGCCGAUGGCGAUCUCCUCAUUGUGCCGCAGGAGGGAACCCUCGAUAUUCGCACCGAGCUCGGCUACCUGCUCGUCCGCCCCAUGGAGAUUGCCGUGAUUCCCCGCGGCAUCAAGUACCACGUCUCCCUGCCCGACGGCCCAGCCCGCGGCUACGCCCUCGAGCUGUACCAGGGCCACUUUCACCUCCCCGAGCUCGGUCCCAUUGGCACCAAUGGCCUCGCCAACGCACGCGAUUUCCAGGCCCCGCGCGCCGCCUUCUCCGAGCGCCACGGCGCCACGGCGCACGAGGGCCCCGGCGCGUAUACCAUCACGGUCAAAUUCAACAAUGACUUUUUCCAGACGACGCAGCCGCACACACCCUUUGACGUGGUCGCCUGGCACGGAAACUACUACCCCAUCAAGUACGACCUCGGCCGCUUCAACACGAUCGGCUCCAUCUCCUACGACCACCCGGACCCCUCCAUCUUCACCGUCCUCUCGGCCCCCUCGGGCGUCCCCGGCACGGCCAUUGCCGAUUUCGUCAUCUUCCCGCCGCGCUGGCUCGUCGCCGAGGACACGUUCCGCCCGCCCUACUACCACCGCAACACGAUGAGCGAGUUCAUGGGCCUCAUCGCCGGCGGCUACGACGCCAAGCGCGGCGGACGCGGCGGCUUCGUCCCCGGCGGCGCGAGCCUGCACAACACCAUGAGCGGCCACGGGCCCGAUGCCGAGAGCGGCGAGGCCGCGCGCGCCGCCGAGCUGCGGCCCGCCAAGGUCGGCGACGGCAGCUGCGCCUUCAUGUUCGAGAGCUGCGCCAUGGUCGGCGUCACCGAGUGGGGGCUGCGCACCUGCAAGAGGGUCCAGGAGGGCUAUUCGGAGGAGAGCUGGGGGGGCGUGCCUGUGCAUUGGAGGCGGCCCGAAGGGGUGCAGGCUGAGGGGCAUCUUUUGGGGUGA